AUGCGAUGCGCGAGCAAGGCCGCCGAGAGCGCGUCUGCACGUCUCUGUGCGGACGCCGAAGCAGAAACUACAGCAACUGAUGUCCCAUCGGUUGCUGAAUCGACUCAGCCUGUAUCACCUGGUGAUGCAGGCGCUGGUCAUGAAGACACUCGUGUCUUCACAGAGUACGAGCUCGGUGUCUCGUACUCUCCUGAUACGGAUGACGGAUCCGUAUCGACGGCAAUUGAAUCCAAGCCGCCUGCCAAGCGUGGCAUGGACGAUGCUUUGCGUCGCAGCAUCUUUGGUUCAUCUGAUGAGUCAGAUGAACCAUCGCCGAAGCGAAGGCGCUCGAGGUCGCGAGACUCGGGCGCUAAUAGUGGUGUCGUUUCUCCAAUGGACACCACUUCACAGCGAGGUGCCAGUACUUCUGUCGGCACGUCGCAGGAAGAGCGGGACCGCAAUGUGUUGCGUCUCGCUCCAGAAAAGAAGGCAUGGAUGCCUCCUAAAUCUGUCAUGGAUCACUUGUCGGCGACGACGAGUGAUCGUUAUCGAACACGAUUGUCCGAUUCGUCGAGGAUUCAUCACCUUGACCCCAGCGCGAAAGACUAUCGCGCUGAACAUGAGUUCUUCAUCGAUGCUUUCUUCAGACAUCGAUGGUACAGUGGGAAUCACAAACGUGAUGGUCCCUCACUACUUCAGGCGUGGAACGCCUACAUCCAUAAUCUCGAGGAUGUAGGUCGUGACGCUUGGAACGACAAACUUAUCAAAGCUCGUGAUAAGUUUGAAAAAGCGAACCCCGACAGGUGCACGCUAUAA